UCGUUCGUUCGUUCGCUCGCUCGCUCGCUCGCUCGUACGUACAAGCGACGAGUUCGUCGUCAGUCGACUACGCGAUUUCGCGGUGCUCGUAUCUUGCGUCUUCGCAAAGUAGUGCGCUACCUGUCGAUCAUCUCGCGAUCGCGCGACAACGAUCAGUCUCCUGCGGUCGUGUUUUAACGCAAGCAUCCGGUCGGCCCCUGGCAAAAUGGCCGCGCGCUGAGGAGAGUUCACCGAGUUGUAUCUCUCUACGAUCGCGACUUCUUCGACGCUCACUUGGUGUUGUUCGCGUUUAAAAGGGGUUUAUACUCGACGAUGAUGUCGACACGGGGACGCCUCGGAUAGAACCGUAAGAAGACACCGAGGAAGACACCAGAGAACUCGAUCCAAGAUCGCAGGCCUCGCCGGGAACAGACUGGACGCCCAUGCCGGGCAACGGAAGGACUAAGCAGCAGCAGGAGGGUCUCAGGAGCGAAAGAGAAAAAACCACCGGUGUAGCAGAAAACGCGGAAGUGCGUCGUGAAGGACGUGCGUCCUGACUCGUCCUUUUACACAGAGACUAUUUUUUUUCUGCGAGAGAAAGAGAAACGCUCCCACGGAAAGGAUGUCGCGAAGAACGAAACGCUCGACGCUUCAAGUGUCAUCCUUGGCGCUUCUAAUGACAUUAAUGAUGACGUUGUGGAGGACAUCACAGGCUCAUGUGGCUCUGACGUUCCCGCGGGCUAGGCAGUAUGACUUGGACUUCCUGGAUAACGCCAGAACGCCGGCGCCGUGUGGAAUGCCACGUGGCCACGUUAGAACGUCGUUACUGGCGGGAAGCAAUUUUAACGUCACAUGGCAUCUCGCUUAUCCCCACAGGGGAGGCUUUCGGCUUCAAAUUUUAGAUGCUCUCGACAGGCCGCUAAUCGACUUAACGCCUGUGACGCAAACCAGUGAAUUCGUCGAAGAUGAUGCUACAGCACAAAGUUACGCUGUGCAGCUGCCGCAAGAUUUCACAUGCACCGACUGUACCAUCCGAUUACUGCGAGAGGCCGAAGAAUGGGGUUCCAGUUAUAGAUUUUGGUCGUGCGCAGAUAUCGACAUCCUCGACAGGAAAGUUUAUCGAGAGACUUGCAGCGGUCACGGACGUUACCUGCUCGGCAGGUGUAGGUGCGAUCGUCUCUAUCACGGCACGAGGUGCGAAUUUAAGGAAGAAUGCCUGGACGACUCGGACUGCGGUAUUCAGGGCACGUGCAUCGACAACGGUGGCACGACCGCGCCUACCAAGCACUGCUACUGCAAUGCCGGCUGGUUCGGUCCGGGUUGCGGAAGAAGAUCUCCGGUGAAAAACAUUAACGUAGACAUAAACGCGUACACGAUGAAACGAUUCUCCGACGAUAUUGUAUUUUAUUGGAGAAUUCUGAAGGAUAGUCAAGAAUUGGAAGGUGUUCUCAUGGCUAACUCGACCACAUGGGUCGGCAUCGGAUGGCGGCCCAGCGAUUUGGGUCCUAGUUGCCGAUCUUUUCCGUUGAUUGCUGAGCGAUCCGAACCGCUACCGCAGCCGGAACCAAAAUUAGAACCGAUUGCUAAUACAGAACUUAAAUCAACGGCCAAACCGGAUCUAGAACCUGCGGCAGAACCGGAACCGGAACCAGAACCAGAAUCAGAACCAGAACCAAAAUCUGAGCCUGAGCCUAGCGUGGAAAGUGAGAAAUCGGUAGCAAAAAGACGAUCGGCUAAAGCGGAUGCUGCAACGUUCGAUGUAACGUCGCGACCGGAUGUCGAUGUUACUGUGCAAACUAGCGUAACCUACCAAGUCAGCACGAAGCAAGGUCGCAAGAAAAGAUCUCCAGAUCCAACUCCGGUCUCUGCAAAUGGGAAACCGGUCGCAGAGUCCAGCGUCGUCGGGCCGAAAUCCGAGCCAGAACCGACUUCUGAGCCAGAGUCACAAUCCGAACCAGAACCAAAAUCCGAGCCCGAACCCAGCUCUGAACCAGAGCCAAAAUCCGAGCCUGAACCUAACUCCGAAUCAAAAUCUGAACCCGAACCUAGUUCUACGCCAGAGCCAAAUUCUCAACCAGAACCCAGUUCUGAGCCCGAACCAAAAUCUGAACCGGAAUCUCAAUCCGAGCCGGAACCUCAAUCCGAGCCGGAACCUAAUUCUGAGCCGGAACCAAAAUCCAAAUCAGCUAGCUCUGAACCCGAACCAACGUCUGAACCAGAACCAAAAUCAGAGCCGGAACCCACAUCCGAACCUGAACCUAGUUCUGAACCAGAACCAAAAUCCGAGCCAGAACCAAAAUCCGAACCAGAACCUAGCUCCGAGCCAGAGCCGAAAUCUGAACCAGAACCGAAAUCCGAGCCAGAACCAAAAUCUGAACCAGAACCCAGUUCAGAACCGACGUCAAGAACAGGUCCGAAGUCGGGAGCGACAAAAGCAUCACUGCCAGCGCCGGCGCACAAGUACGAGCCCAAACACGACUUCAAUCCUAUGGACUGCACGGAUAUUAUAAUUGGAAUGGCGCGAGGAACGAGUUACAGGAUCGGCGAUUAUUAUACGAGGGACAGAUCGACGCCUCGCAAAGACGAAUACUGGGACAGAAGCGGGAGCGACAGCUUGACGGCCGCUUUCGGUUACGAACGCGACGGAGUCACGACGAUACUUUUCCGCCGAAAAUUGACCGCCUCAGAGCCGACCGAUCACGCGAUUCGCGACGGCAAUAUGCAGGUGAUUUGGGCGAAAGGUCAAGAACCGGGCAAGUACGUGCAUCAACCGGCUAGCGGGAUCGAAAAGGCCAAGGUCAGCGUUAAAGACUUCUACAAGGUCGACGAGCUUAAAUAUCACGGGCACAGAAUGCAGAGAGGCGCGGUGACGAUGAAUUUCUUUGAGGAGACUAAGAAGCCGGAAUUCACUGGCGGUGUCACGUUACAAGAUGGUAGCUGCGGUGGGCAGUGGCGUUAUCCGAGAAAUUGCUCGCCAGAAAAUGGCACUUGCGAAUACUCCAUACAAUGGACGUACAAGGGCAAGAAAGAUCUGAUAUCAUUCGUAAUUUCUACAACGAACACCAACGCGUGGACCGGAGUUGGAUUUUCCGAUGACACCAGCAUGUCGCAAACCGACGCGGUUUUGGGUUGGGUCGACAAGAACAGCGGCCGUGCUUUUGUGAUGGACACUUGGAUUAGUGGUUACAACGCGCCAUUGUUGGAUCAGUCGCAGGAUGUCUACAACACCAGCGGUCGCAUCGAGAAUGGUGUAACUACACUGAGAUUCUCAAGAAAACGCCUCACGAAGGACACCAAAGAUCUUUCGUUCACGGACGAUCACUGUUUGUACAUGAUGUUCCCGGUAAAAGGUGGCACAUUCAAUCCGAUCAAUAAAAAGAUUCGGAAGCACGACGAAAAUCCGGUUGUCUCGUCAGAUAGAAUAUGCAUCAGGUCAUGCGGCGUGGAAGAUAUCGAAGAUCAAACCACGACCGCACCGCCAAGACUGCAUUACGACAUCGAGAUAAAACUCGUCAAUCUGGGCGACGGAUUUAUAACUCCCACGCCCGAUAGUCCUGACUUUGAAGUGAUCUCGAACAGAAUAUCAGAAAGUUUCGGGCCGGUGUUCGAGAAGCUCCCAGGCUACUAUCAAGUCCGCCUUGACGAGCUACAAAAAGAUAAUGAAGGAGUGAUUGCGCGAAUGAAUUUGAUUCUUGAUAAGAAUGAGGCCAAGGGUAGAUCUCUGAAAGCAGCGGAUACUCAUCUUGAAACGGAAAAAGCAUUACGCGAAGCACUUGUGACUGGCAAAGUAGGAGCGCUCAGUGUCGACCCGCAGUACUGGAUAGUCAGAUCACCUCGAGUGAACGAUGUAGAUGCAGAAGACGAGAUUAGUCGACCGUCUUCGACGUCGGAUUUAUUCCUAGGCGCGACAAAGCUUUACAUUGUCGUGGGUUGUGUAGCAGCUUUGCUAGCUCUUGCAUUGCUGCAAGCUAGUUGCACUCUCUACAGAAGCUCAAAGCGACGAGCAACCAAGGAGCGUUUAAUCGUCAGUAACGCCUGGAAGGAUUAUGCUUCUGGCGCAAACACGAAUUUUGCGUUUGAGGCGUUCGAGACGGAAGAGAAGGCGCCGCCGCCGCCGGUGUCCAGUCUGCCGCGUCACAGAGAAAUCAUCAGCAAUGGUACGACAGGCAUGAACGGUCACGACGGUAUUGACGGUCCGAAUCGAAUGGUCGGACCAAGAGCGACGUACAGUCUGCCACGCGCGCCAGGCGCCAGGCAUUCGGCACCGCCCAUUCAACCUGGCUACUAUACUCAGGACCGCAGGGAUCAUUACGGACGCGCCAGAAGCCUGAAUCCAGCGGGCACCGCGACCACUCAGAUAAACCAGCCGGACUUCUACUUCAUGCCCAGUCAGCGAAAGUACAGCGGCGAGGUCGUGCGCGUUUACGUGGAUUACGGCAGCCAGAUGCCGAAAUAACGAGGUUCAGGUCCGAUCCCUCCCCGUUCAGAAUAAAUCUCCUCGUUUGAUCGAGAAGCAACUUGUAUAUAUUUGAAUUAGUGACGAAGAAAGACACGCAGAAUUUCUGCGCGGUGCUAUUAUCUCUGUCUGUUCUUCCCAUUUUCCCGUGGCUUCCCUUUCCCGAAGAAACUCGGGCUCCGGUUUGAGGCACGGAGGGGGAAGUUACCGUACGGAAGCAUAGAAGUGGCGCUUACGACCAAAGAAGUUAUCCGUAGGGCGCGCGCCUCCUGUAAGUUCUGUACAGAGCGCACGAACUCUUGUCAAACUUUUGUGCUUUUGUGGUGGAAACUGUUUAUAGUUAUGUAAGUUUUCAUACAGUCAAGAAUCCGACAAAUUUUUGAGGAUUUUUUGGUUCUAGCGUGCUUACAGUCUAUCCGGUAAGCACAUUCGUAGAAUAUAAAAAAAAUCCAACAGCUUUACAAUUUAAUGUCACAUAAAAAAACGUUUUGAAAGAAUAAUAGUGGAUGAGAAUAGUGGAGUCUCUAAAAUAGCAAACUUUAACAGACUUGAAAAAAUUAAAAGUUGUUUAAGAACCCGAAAGAUUACGUAUCUAAAAGUCAUAUUGUCCGACAAAUACACGUAUAUCUGUCAAUUUCGCAUCAGUAAAUGACACGCCCAACGAAUGUAUCUAGUUAAAAAGCAAGUAUGAACGUUUGAACAAUAAAAAAAAAAACAUUUGUACAUUUUUAAACAGAUAUAACCCCUGUCCUGUUUCUUUAAUACCCGAAUUUAUCCUUAAGAGAGUGAGUAGUAUUCAUAUUAAUUUCAGUUAUAAAUGUAAAUUGAACGAGAUCAAGACUGUGAGAGAAUGUUAAAAAAGAGGAGGCGACGACGUAAGUAUAGAGAUAGAAAUAAAAAAAAAAAAAACAAAUAAAGCACCUGCGGUGAUUAAAGCGAUUGUUUAGUUGUUAAGGAGGGGAGGUAAAAGUUUGUUAUACGUCUAUAUGAUAACGACGACAGUGUCGAUAUAGAGAAGUCGUGUUGGUACGGAUUAUAAAUUAUUACAAUAGUGAUAAAAUUAACGAUAUAAUACUUGUAAUCAUAAUCAUAAUAACGAUAGUUAUAGCAGUAGUAGUGUAACGAUGGCAAUAUAAUAUUACAGUAUUAAUUACAUUAAUGUCGUUAACAACGGCGUCGCGUGCAGCCAAGACUUCCGUGAUAGUUUCUAUGAGCGAUGGAAACAUACAAAGCGACGCCAAAGGUAAGCUUUCCCUCCUACUUUUCUCCUUUUUCCCCUCUUAAUCCUUGAAAUCUCGAGCGUGUAUCCUGCCAAAUUGUGUAUUUGCCCGCGUUUCUAUUAUUUAUACAUAUAUAACUAGCAUAUCGAGCGCAAUAUUUCCGGCUCAUAAAGUUGAUUUUUUCCUCGGUCACACAGAAGUUUUUGAAAAACGAGUUCUUUGACCGAAUCUAAUGACCUCACUUGACAAUGUGCCCCAUAAACGCAAGCGUAGAUAAACGCGCGUGUAUAUAACAGGAUAAUGUACGUGAAUAAAAGUCAUCGAAACAAAACACCAGCCCUAAUUUCGAAGUGUUUUCUGUAAGAAACUACACGUAAUCGCGCGCAAGUUCGCGUUUGACAGACACAUUGUCUUAUUCCUGUUUUUUUUUUUUUUCGAUUUGUUGAGUUUUGUUUUUUUUUUCCUUGCUAGCUUUUCACUCUCAUGCACGCGUAUCGC